GUUCCCUUCUGCCGAACGAUUUCACUAGAUUCAUAACUCAACAAAAUAACAAUAGGGAAUAUCCAAUACAAUUAAUGGCAAAUAAUAUAACCAAGGUGAUCCUUCUCGUAGAUAUUGAUUGUUUCUAUUGCCAAGUAGAGGAAAAGCUGAAUCCAAAUUUGCGAGAAAAACCUGUUGCAGUGGUUCAAUACAAUACAUGGAGAGAAGGAGGGAUAAUAGCUGCUAACUACUUAGCUAGGGCUAAAGGUGUUACAAAAGGCUUAUGGUGUUAUGAGGCUAAAGAGAAGUGUCCUGAGAUAUUGUUUGCAACUGUAAAUGAAGUUCGUGGGCGAGCUGAUUUAACAAAGUACAGAGAAGCUGGCAAAGAGGUUUUUGAUGUUUUGCAGAAAUACACUACAAUCAUUGAAAAGGCAUCUGUUGAUGAGGCCUAUUUGGAUAUCACAGAAGCUGUUACCAAAAGGUUGCAUGAUGGUUUUGUUCAAAUCAACUCCAAUGAAAAAAUGUGUAGGACACAUGUAGUAGGAUAUAAAAUUGAAGAUUAUUUAGAUAAUUUAUGUAGUGACUCUGAUUCAAGUUCAGAAUUCUCUGAAGGAAAUGUUAGGCUUGCAAUGGGUGCUCUCAUUUCAGAAGAAAUCAGGGCUGAAAUAUUAGUGAAAACAGGUUACAAAUGUUCUGCUGGCAUAGCCCACAAUAAAAUGUUGGCAAAACUAGCUAGUGGCUUACACAAACCAAAUGCUCAAACUAUUUUCCCACAAGAGUCUGUCCCUAAUUUAUUCAAGAAAUUACCAAUGCAGAAAAUUAAGAGACUUGGUGGAAAAUUUGGAAAAACAAUAGCUGAAGAGUUAAACAUUUCCUUUGUAGGUGAAGUGACAAAGUUUAGUGAGAAAGAGCUUGUGAGGAAGUUUGAUGAGAAAUCAGGGAAAUGGCUAUACAAUAUUGCAAGAGGCAUAGAUUUAGAACCAGUUAAAACUAGAGUGGUAUCAAACUCAAUAGGUUGUUGUAAAAGAUUCCCUGGUAAAAAUUGUCUAGUAUCUCCUGGAAGUGUUGAACGUUGGAUCAAUGAAAUAGCUACUGAAGUUUCUGAGAGGCUAGAAAGAGAUAUGGAGGAGAACAAUAGGAAGGCAAAACAAUUAGUUUUUAGUUUAACACAAACAAUUGAUGAAAAACUUGUCAGUAGUUCUAAAACACUUAAUUUGAAUUCUUAUGAACAAUCCAAAAUAGCAAGAGAUUUUUUACAAAUUGUUAAUAAGAAUUGUAGAAAAUCAAAUGGUAAUUAUAAUAAUAUAACUUUCCUAGGCCUGAGUGCUGGAAAUUUUCAAAACAUAAAAAAUAAUUCAGAUAUCAAAUCAUUUUUGAAAAAAAUUAGUGACCAUAAGUUUGAGCUAACUAGUCCUCAGAAAAGUAAUUCCUUAGGACAUAAAAACACUUCCCCAUCCCAGCAUUCCCAGCUAUGCAAUAAUAUCAGCACAGAAUAUUCAAGAAAAAGUGAAAAAACUGAUGGUCUUCUUGAUAAUACCAUUGAAAAAUUCAAUAGCAUUGAUAGUAACAAUGAUAUGGAUAUAGAUAAUGAUACAUUAUCAUCUACAGUACAAGAUAAUGAUAUCAAUAAUCAAGCAUAUUCACAUCAAAGCAUAGACAUUGACAAUAAAUCUAAUGGGGUUUCUACAUCUUUCUUCAAUAAUUAUUUUGAAAAAAAUACAAAAUCAAAAUUUGGAUAUCAUAUUGAUGAGGCAGAUGUUCUUCCAGCAUCUAGAAGUGACAAUAAUCCUAAGAAAUCUGAAAAAACUGUUGAUGAUAUUGAAAUUUUUUCAAAAUGCAAUGAGACCAGUUUAGAUUGCCCCUUUACUUCCAAAGUUGAUGAAGAUAUUUCAUCUCUACAAGGCAAUCAGGCAAAUAAUACAAAAAAUAGUGAGAAAAUUCAGAGUAUUCAACAAGUAGUAUCUGAUGAUAUUAAUAAAAAAGAGUUUCAGGCAACAAGUCAAAAGAAAAGAAAAGCCAAUGAAACUCCAUCAGUAUUGACCUUAUUCAAAAAGUUUGAGGAAUUGAAUGAAGACAAUAGCAAUUACUGUGAAGAAUGUAAUAAGAGAAUCAAAUUGGAAGAUGUGGCAAAUCAUGAUGAUUAUCACACAGCCCUCCAAAUACAUCUGCAAUUGAAUAAUCCAUCACAGUCCUUGAAUAAAUCAAAAUCAGUUGGUACUAAAAAAUUCAAAGAGAGUAGAAGAGAAAAUGGAGGCAUUUUGAACUUUUUUAAAAUCACCUCAGACCCUAUUCAAACAAUCCAUAAUAAUGUUGAAAAUAGGUAAUAUUAGUAAUAAACACUGACAAAAGAAGCACAAAAGCACAUUUUUUUCUCAAACAAAAUGUUCUUUUAUAUGUAAUUCUGUUUUUAUAUUUUUAUUAAACAAACAAAAACAGCACUCCUCAC